GGGUCCAUUGCUGACCUCUACAGAGGCCAGCCUUGGCGGCGCGGGCUCUCCUCCCUGUGCAGGGUCCACGGAGCGCGCUUGCAUGGAGCUGGUGGCGGGCUGCUACGAGCAGGUGCUGUUCGGGUUCACCGUAAGCCCGGAGGGGGAGGCGAGCGGCGGCCGCGAGAAAUGGACCGCGGUGGCUCACUUCACCCACCACGCCCACACCGCCUCCCUGUCGGCUGUGGCCGUCAACAGUCGCUUCGUGGUCACUGGGAGCAAAGAUGAAACAAUCCACAUUUACGACAUGAAGAAGAAGAUUGAGCACGGGGCCCUGGUGCACCACAGUGGAACAAUUACUUGCCUGAAAUUCCAUGGCAACAGGCACCUAAUCAGUGGAGCGGAGGACGGACUCAUCUGUGUGUGGGAUGUGAAGAAAUGGGAGUGCCUCAAGUCGAUUAAGGCUCACAAAGGACACGUGACCUUCCUCUCUGUCCACCCCUCUGGCAAGUUGGCCCUGUCUGUGGGUACUGAUAAGACUCUAAGAACAUGGAAUCUUGUGGAGGGACGAUCAGCAUUCAUAAAAAAUAUAAAACAAAAUGCUCACAUAGUGGAGUGGUCACCCAAGGGAGAGAAAUACAUAGUUGUCACGCUGAAUAAAAUAGACGUCUAUCGGCUUGACACUGCGUCCGUCAGCGGGACCGUCACGAACGAGAAGAGAGUUGCUGCUGUUCGGUUUCUCUCAGAGUCUGUCCUCGCAGUGGCUGGAGACGAAGAAGCUGUCCGGUUUUUUGACUGCGAUUCACUAACAUGCCUCUGUAAAUUUAAAGCUCAUGAAAAAAGGGUAAAAGACAUGUCCAGUUUUCAGACUCCAGAGCACCAUGUCCUUGUGACUGCGUCGAGUGAUGGCUUCAUCAAAAUGUGGAGGCUGCAGCAGGAGAAGAAAGCACCGCCAUCUUUGCUCUGUGAGGUGGACACCGGGGCCAGGCUGACGUGCCUCGGGGUGUGGCUGGACACAGCAGCGGACCCCAAGGAAAGCCUUCCUGCAGGGACCGAGCCCGCUGCUGUAGAUAAAGAACAGUCCAAGAUGAUCCAGAAGGAACCUGCCACGGCAGUGCAGGAAGAAGCAGUGCAGGCAAAGCCUAAAACAAAGACAGGUGGUUCAGCAGGGAGCCACGAGAAGCCAGCAGCGGGAGACAGCCUGGCGGCAAGCAAGAGGAAAGCGGCGGGAACGCCGGGGAGGAAGAAGAGGAAGAAGCAGAAAACAGACGUGACGGCGUGAGUCCCAGGCUUCCCUUCUCAAGAGAACUGGUUUUUAGGUGAAUCAUUCUUUUCAAAUAUUUAAGGUGGCUUUUGUUUGUUUUUUUUUCCUACUGAAAGCAAGGGAUUUCCCAUGGAGAAAUUGUACCUUGGUAUUUUUUCUAACAAUGGUAAAAUUAUUUUAGGCAGACAACACUUUAUUAUAUAUCAUGGUUGUGUGUGUUAAUGUGUAACAUACAAAGUAAACUAUACAUACUUGAUAUGUAUGAAAGUAAAGACUUUUUUGUCAAAAUAUUAUAGUUUAAUAAUUAAAAA